AUGGUUCGACUAUCAAGCCUCGCCGCGGCCGUCUCAUGGCUGCAACUCAGCUCAGCCUGGUUGCCAAGUGAAAGGCCAGAGGGCACUCUGAACAAGAAGUGGUUACCCGGAUCAGGGAAAAUUAGGGGCGUCAAUCUUGGCAGCCUGUUCGUCUUUGAGCCAUGGAUUGCCAACAGUGUUUGGACUGGACUGGGCUGUGAGGAUUCGCCGGACAAGGGCUCCGAAUUCGACUGUGUGUCGAAGCUUGGCCAGGAGCAGGCGGAUGCUGCUUUCCAAGGUCACUGGGCAUCGUUCAUCACUGAGUCGGAUCUCGACGAAAUGAAGAGAUAUGGCAUCAAUACCAUUCGCAUCCCUCUCGGCUACUGGCUCGACCGGUCACUGGUCGACAGCUCGGAGCACUUCCCCCAGGUGGCCAAGAAUGCCUUCACUGGGCAGGCCAUCCGCCAGGUUGAGAGAGACCUCAACGUCGGCCCCGACGACCAGUUCCACAUUCAGAUGAUGGGCUCCGGCUGGGGGGCCGGCAACCCGGUCGAGUUCCUCAGCGACACGCGGCUCACGGCGUUUGACGAUCAUCGUUAUCUGAAGUGGGCCAACCGUGACGAGGUUCCCCUCUCGCACGAGAGUUUCAUCUCCACGUCUUGCAGUGACAAUCUCAGCCGCGACAGCGCAGGUCCGACCAUCAUCGGCGAGUGGAGCCUCAGCGUCCCAGACGAAAACAAUAUCCAGUGGAGCGACGAGUGGCAUCCCGAGUUGCAGAAGGACUUCUACCGCAAGUGGUUUGCGGCGCAGGUUCACUCGUACGAGACACGAGCUGAGGGCUGGGUCUUCUGGACGUGGAAGACGCAACUAGGUGAUUAUCGCUGGGGAUACAAGGCCCUAGGCACGUCGCCCAUCAUGGCCUCUUCCAAGAAUGAUUCAUCGCCAGUGACAGCGUCCUACGCGAUACUGUCUUUCCACAAGAGUGACCACGUCUGCUUCACCAAUUUCGCCGAGCCCCUCGCCCGCGGAGCGGAAGCCAUCCUAACAGCCUCCUGGCCGCCCGGCGUCAAGAAGGAAACCAGCUCCGCAGGCCUCCUGACGUACCAGGUCAAAGGCCGCCCCUGGGACCCCAACGACGACACGUCCGCCAUCGCGGCGUGCCGCCUCGUCCGGGACCUCCUCGCGUACCUCCAUGGCCACAGCUGGACGCUCGUCACGGGGCUCGGGCACAGCGUGCGCAUGUGGACAAAGGACUCGCUCGUGUUCCGCCGCGGCGGCGCGUCCGCGUCGGCGCGCCCGCGCCUCUGGCUCGCCGUGUCGUUUGCCAAGUCGGACAGGCUGCGGCUGGACUGCGCCGAGCGGAGGGUGCGGGACAAGACGGUGGACGCCGUCCGGGAGGUCGUGGCGCGGAUGGGCUAUGGCGCCGGCGGCACGUGGAACUGCGACGCCUACGAGUUUCGGCUCAAGGACAAGCCGUGGCAUGCCAACAUGGAUGGCGGGCUGAGGCCGAGGAUGCUGGUGCUCGGGGUGCUUGAGGCGCUGGAGGGCGUGGGCUGGCAGUCCUACGGCGCGGUCGCGCAGCGGACAAAGGUGGAGAACACACAGAAGGCGGAUGUAUGGUACUUUAGCAAGGAGGUCGACGUUCCGGCCCGUGAGGCUGCCUGGGGUUCGAGGAAUCCUUAUGCCAAAGGCAUGGUUGCACCGUUGCGGUCGUUGUUGCUGAUGUGCUGUCCAGUCACCGAAGCCACUUCGAGCUGUAUGGGCAGAAUGAUCAUCACUGAACAGCACAGCAAUGAGAAUGCCAGACACGAACAACCAAGCAGGCUUCAUGCAUGGCAAUUCCAAAGUCAUGCUGCUUCCGCCAGAUGCCUACGACUUCCACUCACCGAGGCUACCGAAGUCUCUGUGGCGCACAUGGCCACACAGCCACAUGGCCACAUGUCACUGAUGAUGCUGGAUCCGUGCCUCCUGAGCCACAAUCAUCAGUGGGCGGGUGGGGCCCCAGGCAGCGCCAACUUCCAAGCUCAAGCUGGUCAAUUCUCGAGGGCCUCGUCAUCACACAGCUCCUCCCAGCCUGGCAGUACCGACCGCUUCACCCCGCAGAGUGCCUUUGCCAUUCAUCAACGGCCUCAUCGGAUCGACGAAUUCCCCUUCUACAAUCGGCGCAACAGCGCCUCCUCCCACCAAACUCGACGUCGGCGCUCGUCACCUUCCCCCGUGUCUCAGGAGGUCUACCCCCCCCUUGCACGCGCCAUGUAUUCCAACUCAAACUCGUUUCUCGGCGGCGGCGGCAGCCAGCGCCCCGGCGCGCAGCAAUAUGGAGGCUCAUUCAACAGCUUGGGAAGCCAGCAAGGCCAGCAGGGAAAUCCGAGUCCCUUCGCUCCUCAGCCGACGGGCUUCGGCCAGGCUCCUCUGCAACAGCAAUACACCGGUUUCCCGGGUGGUCUGCAGCAGCAACAGCAACCUCAGUCUCAGCAGCUGCAGCCCCAGUACACUGGUUUCCAGCCCCAGCAGCAGCAGAGCUUCCAGACCGGCGUGCCGCCCAUGCCCUCGAUGCCGUCCCAGUUCCAGCAGCAGUUCCAGCAGCAGCAGCAGCAGCAGCAGCAACAACAGCAGCAACCGCAACAGCAGCAGCCACAGCAACCCCAGCAGACUGGAUUCUCCCUGACCCCGCAGCAGACCUCGGCGCCCGCCCAAGCCAUGAAGCCGCAACCCACGGGCUUCAGUCAGAUGGCCGCCUCGUUCCAGACGGGCGGUGGCUCCAAGCCUCAAGCGCCUGCUCAGCCCAGGAAGAAAGCCAACAAGGUGCCAAACGUUCGACUGUCCUUCAUCACUGCCCAGGACCAGGCCAAGUUCGAGACGCUGUUCACAUCUGCUGUUGGCGACGACUCGACCACCAUGUCAGGCGACAAAGCUCGUGAUUUGUUGAUGCGCUCCCGUUUGGACGGAGAUUCGCUGUCGCACAUCUGGACCCUCUCUGACACGACCCGAUCGGGACAGCUUCACUUUCCAGAGUUCGCGCUUGCCAUGUACCUCUGCAACCUCAAGCUGACAGGUCAAUCGUUGCCCUCGUCCUUGUCCGAGAACAUCAAGAAUGAGGUCUCGAGCAUGGUGGAUAUCAUCAACUUCAGCAUCAUCGAAGAGGCGUCUGGCAGCUCGAGCGCUGCCACCAAUGCCCCCGACUUCACUGGCAGGCAGAGCAACAACACUCCGCCGACCAUCCAUCAGCCCCAGCCUCAGCCGUCAAACUCACAGCUGCUCCAGGCCCAGAUGACUGGUUUCCCUGGCCAGCAGCAGCCCCAGCAGACCGGCUUUCUCGGACAGCAGCAGCCUCAGCAGAUGGGAUUCCUCGGUCAACAGGGCCUCCAGGCUCAGCAGACCGGCUUCCCCGGCAUGCAGAGCCAAGCGACCGGCUACAACGGCCCACGCCCUCCGAUGCCCCCCAUGCCCACUGGCUUCGGCGCGGGAGGCCCGGGUGGCAUGGCCCCAUUGAACGCGCAACCCACCGGUCGCCCCGGUCAAUGGGGCUUGGUCAACGGCCCGGCCACUGGCCUUCCCAACAUUGAUGCGCUGCAAGCUCAGAUGAUGCCGCAGCAGGGCCGCGAGCAGCAGAACUUUACCACCGCUGGCCUCCAGGGCAAUGCUGUCAUUCCCUGGGCCAUCACCAAGGAGGAGAAGCAGCGUUACGAUUCCUUGUUCAAGGCCUGGGAUGGCCUCAGCAAGGGCUACAUUGCCGGUGCGCAAGCCAUUGAGAUCUUUGGCCAGAGUGGUCUUGAGAAGCCUGACCUGGAACGCGUCUGGACGCUCUCUGAUAAUGGAAACAAGGGCCGCCUCGACCUCGACGAGUUUGCCGUUGCCAUGCAUCUGAUUUACCGCAAGCUGAACGGCUACCCUCUGCCUAACUCGCUGCCGUCAGAGCUCGUCCCCCCUUCGACCAGGAACUUCAACGCAUCCAUCGGCACCAUCAAGAACAUGCUCAGCGAAGAGUCCAACUACCGCAACAAGUCUGGCGCCGCUCUUCUGCCCCAGAAGACGGGCGUCAGCUACAUGAAGAGCCACUCUUUGAAGGGUAACAGUUUUGGUGGCGCCGGACGCAAGGACGCCACCGUCUUCAAGAACAACGAUGACGACGUUGGCUACAAGUCUAGUGCGCGCCGCCGCCUCGGCAACAGCUCCCCUCGACCUGACUCGCCUUCAUCUGUUGCGUCGUCAAACGAUGACCUCAAUUCCGAGCAGCUGAAGAAGAAGAUUAGGGAGAAGCAGGUCCUCCUCGACGCCAUGGACUUCAAGGACGAGAAGAGCCUCGAGGAAGACGAUAUGCUGGACAGGCGCGACCGACGCGAGGCCGAGGAGUUGUACCGUCGCAUCCGCCGCACCCAGGAUGACAUUGAUUCUCACCCUGAUGCGGCCCUCGCGACUGGCGAUUCCGACGCCGAGCGCCGCUCUCUCAAGCGCCAGCUCCAGAACCUCACAGACAAGAUUCCCCAGCUCGCCUCCCAGGUGCGCCAGACCGAGAAGGCCAUCCACGAUGCGCGCUUGGAGCUGUUCCGCCUCCGGGACGCCAAGGCCCACCCCAGCAGUGCCUCUACGAUUGUCGGCACCGGUCCCGGUGGUGUCGUGACCGAGUCUGACAGGCUCAAGGCCAGGGCAAAGGCCAUGAUGCAGCAACGCACUGCUGCUCUUACAGGCCGCAAGAUCGACACUGCCGUCGAUGACACCGAUGGACCCAAGCGCCUCGAGGAGGAGAGCAUCAAGGUACGGACAGAAAAGGAGAACAACGAGCGCAUGGUCAAAGACGUGGAAGACUCGCACGAGAAGAGGCGCUGGGAGGACGCUCUAGGCGUCGAGGACGAGGUCAAAGACUUCAUCUUCGACCUACAGCGCUCUAGCCGCUCUGCGCGACUUCGAUCCCAGGACAAGCGUAGCGCUCGUAACUCUCCUGGCCCAGAGACCUCGCGAGCCGAACCGCCCGCCGACCGAUAUAGCAGCCCUGCCCCUGCUUCGACUUCGCGCACAGCUACUCCUUCCGCCGGCGGCGGCUCGUACUCUUCCUACAAGACCCCGGAAGAGCGAGCUGCUUUCAUCAAGCAGCAGGCUGAAGCCCGCAUGGCUGAACGUCUCGCCGCCCUGGGUAUCAAGGCUCCUUCCAAGUCCGGAGAGUCGGCCCGUGCUGCAAAGCUUCGCCAGGCCGAGGAGGAAGAUGCCCGUCGGGAGGCUGAACGUCAGGCUCGCAUUGCGCAGGAGCAAGGCGGCGCUCCAGCCCCUGCCGAGGAGCCUCAACACGCCAGCGAGACAAAGAAGCCAGCGCCGCCCCCCACCCGUGGUACUGGCAGAAACGAGGCAGCCGAGCGGGAGGCCUCGCAGAAGGCGGAGCAGGAGGCGGCUGCGAAGAAGGCCGAGGAGGAGCGUCUGGCUGCGGAGCACGAGCAGCAGCAGCGAACAAGGAGGACGAGCUUUUUAGGGAAGCCAAAAGCGGCUGAAGACCCUUUCAAGGCCCUCCAAGAAGCAGGUUCCGCCAGGGCAAGCUCAAGAAGGAGGAAGAGAAAGCGCAGGAAGAAGGGCUGCACUGGCAGAGGCCAAGGAGAAGGAGUCCAAGCUCCCCUGCCCGUCGGGCAGAAGAUCGAGGCUGCCCGCCAGCGGGAGCUGGAGCUGCAGCGCCAGCUCGAGGCGAUGAACGAUGACGAUGACUCGUCCUCUGAUGACGACGAUGGCCCCGAGCACCUCACGCCGCAGGCUUCCACGCCCACACAGGCCGGCAGCCAGAUCGGCAGCCAGGAGCUCGAGCGGAGGGCCUCACCGCCUCCUGCUGCCCCUGUGAUCUCGCCGCCAGCCAUCACCACCACCAGCCCUCCGGUCGAUGCCGAGAGCAAGAACCCUUACUUCCGUAUGGCUGCGGCGCCCUCAGCGCCCGCGGCACCCGCAGCACCCGCAGCCCCUGCACCUCCUGCUCCCGUUGGCGAUGUGUCUACCAACCCGUUCCACCGCAUGACGCAAGAGGCCAAGACUGAGCGACCGCCUGCGGCGGCCCCCACAGGACCAUUCUCGCGCAAGCGUCAGGAAGAGGAUGACUGGGGCUCCGACAAGGACGACGAGGACGACUCGGAUGACGAGGACAGGCCCGGUGGCAACAGUGCGGCGGCGCUGGCGUCGAUUCUCUUUGGCACCAUGGCGCCCCCUCGCCCCCUCUCGGCCGCAGACAACAAGGCCGGGUCGACGGUCGGCAGCCCGGCCAACCCUCGCUCGCCCACGUCGCCCCCCGAGGCGCCGCCCCUGCGAGGUACAAUCCCCGCACGAGGGAGGAGGCCCGCCUUGGGCUUAUUGCCAUAG